UUAAGAUGAUGCAUCAUUAGUUGUACCUCGAGCAUUGAACGUUGUACAAUUAGUUUAUCACCUCUCCGCCGGUAUCCUUUCAGUUCUACUCUCCAUUCUCCAAUUCUGCUCUCAGCGUUUCAGCACAAACACCAUGCAAAGCUCUUCUUGUCUCCUCUGUUCUUCAAACUUUCCCUUCUCCCCACUUCCUUUCCCUUCUCCUCAGCAAUUUGCACUUCUCUCUAGAAACCAACCAACUAAAACAGUUUCCCCUUCUCCUUUUCCAGCUAAAUUUCCACUCAGUUCUUUAUGUGUUCACCAAUAUAUCUUCCCCUCCCUUCACUGUACAGUUACACAGGAGGUUGUUGAAACAACUCCAACUGAAUCAGAAUUAGUUGACAUCGGGUACAUAUGUAGUGUGCAUGGGCUUCAAGGGGAGGUGCGAGUAAACCCAAGCACUGACUUUCCUGAUCUACGAUUUUCCAAGCCUGGGAGGCGAUGGCUAAGGCAGCAAGUUUCUGGGAGGGAAAUGAUGCAAGAAAUUCAACUGGUUGAGGGGAGAGGACACCCAGGACAGGCUUGGAUACUUAAAUUCAAUAAAAUUGACUCUGUUGAUCAGGCUCUGAAACUUGUUGGGUCAACUAUACUGAUAUCUGAAGAAGAUAGACCAGAGUUGGAGGAAGGGGAGUUUUAUUCUCAUGACCUUGUUGGCAUGAAAGUUAUUCUUAAGGAUACUGAGGAACCAAUUGGAACUGUUAUCAGUGUUUACAAUAGCGGAGCGAAUGACCUUCUACUUGUCCAACUCAGUUCAUCUGUAGACAUAUCUAAUCAAACUGGAAAACCUAAACAGGAAAGAGGUGGUUCUGGCCCUUUUGUGUGGAUUCCAUUUGUUGAAGCAAUCGUUCCAGAUGUUGAUGUAAGUAAGAGAGAGAUGCUGAUUACACCUCCAAAGGGGCUCCUCGAGUUAAAUAUGCGCUCUGAUGAGAGGUCCAAGAAAGAAAGGCGCCAGCUUGAGUGGAAAGAAAGGAAAAAAUUUCAAAAGCGCGUCAUAGCAGCCAAGAAGAAACUUUGUGAACUGCAGCAGCAACAUGUUUUUGACGGGUUUAGACAUGUGGGAAAAUUGCAAGGAAGAAUACUUGCUGAUCAGAUAGUCACUGUAAAUUCUAAAUUGCUUCAACAGGCAUUACGGAAUAUUGAGAUGAACACUCUGAGCGAUAUGCAAAUAAAAAGUCCAUUAGAGAAUUUGGGAAAAUGCUUCUCUGCAAAAAUUAGGGAGCAAUCAGACGCAUAUUCAAAAUUGCAACAGAAGGGCCUACACCUUGUGUCUCAAGGCAAGGUUGCUGUUAUUUUGCUCUUGGAAGACAGUCAAGAGGCUAGGAGUUCUAAUCAGUCUGCUGUUGAUUCUGAGGGAAGUGAAGGAAUGAACUGUUUGCUCGUGGAGGCACUAAUGAGCGACAGCCAACAAUUAGUGAAGAAAUCGCGCCCUUCCGUUCCUCUGGUAGUGGUUUGUCCAGCCCAUUCAAUUGGUUCUCUUCAGGAACUCUUUUCAGAUUACAGCCACUUUGAUUUUGACCCUGAUAAGGUUUGGUUCUUUGAAGAAGAGAAGCUUCCAGUUGUUGGUGUUCCUCUCGAAGAACCCAAAAAGCAUAAGAUUUUGAUGGAAUCACCAUGGGAGAUACUUCAAACACCAGUCGGAUCAGGAGGAGUGAUUAGCUUCCUUUCAUCCAAUAACUUGUUGAAUAACCUUAGUACACAUGAUGUGGAUUAUAUUCAGGUUUGUAAUUACAGAGUUAGAGAUAGUCGGAGACAAACGCUACUCGGGCUUGUUGAUUCACGCAAAGCAAAUGCUGGAGUCGAAAUCACCGAGGCUAUGGACCAAACAGAGAGAAAUCUGAACAUGGUAUUUUCGAUGAAAUUUAUGAAAAAAUUAACGAAGCAGACGGAUAAUUUGCAUUUUGAAGCUGUUCCAAAGGCAAGUGCACACACACAGAAGGUUGACACCGAGUGGGUUGAUGUUAUUCCGACUUCUCCAAACUCCUUGGAGUUUCGUUGUUCAAUAUACAGUUGCUUGAACUCUUGUCCUCCCAGUCAGGUUUCUGUGUUGGAGGUUACAGAGUGAUAGAUGAAUUGUUCUUUAUCAGCAAAAAGUCUCCUAAGCUGCAAAUGCCAACUGAUAAUUCUCGUGAAAACACAGAGCCAGGGGGCUGAUCUUUGAAUAGGAAAAAGAGUGGAUCCGCAGGUCCCAAAUGAAUUGGUUUUUAUUCUCUUUUGGUUUCUUUUAAACAUGGAUUUGUGUGAAAUUAGAGAAAUUUGUUACAGUUGAGUCAA